AUAUAGAUAAAAAUUUAUUUACGAACUACGAAGUCAAACAACUUGAAAGUCGAAAUAAUAUUCAAAUUUUCAAUUAUUUGGUUUUAAUUGAUUUAAAAUCAUUAGUAUUUAGCAAUGUCUACAUCCAUGAAUGUUACUAAAUCGUAUACGAAUCGGCUGAAAAGUGAUGUCAAGUGUAUGCUAGAAAAUUUUGAAGGUAUUGUGAAACUCUGCAAAACCGAAGAUGACCAAACGCAAAUUUCUAAAGCUACUAGAAGUGAAUUAAUAGCAUUUGAAAUGGAAGUUCGAGCAGCAAACAUUGUUCGAGCUGGAGAGUCUUUGUUAAAACUUGUUUCAGAUAUGAAACAAUAUUUAAUUUUAAAUGAUUUCCCUUCUGUAAAUGAAGCAAUAGCCCAAAAUUCAAAGCUCUUUCGUACAAAACAAGUAGAGUGUGAUAGAAAGUUAACUAGUUUGGUUGAUGAUAUGUCAACAGAGUUGUAUGAGCUUGAAGAAGAAUACUAUACAUCAAAUCAUAAAUAAAAGGAAUGGCUUUUGAAGUUUUAAGUGCUAUGUCGUUAAUUCAUUCCAUUUACAUGGAACCUUGCAGCAAAAUGUUGAGUUUUUUACUUUCAAUUUAUGUUCACAAUGUGCAGAAGGCUAUUAAUUAGCUAUAACUCUUAUCUCAAAAAAGCACUUAUCACUCCUGUGCGCAAUGCUGUUGAUAUAUUAUUUACACGACUAAACAUUGUGUAGAAAAAUAGUGGAUCAUUUUUUGAUUUCUACAGGUUAUUAUCAAAAUUGUAUUAUAUAUAUCAACGGCAAUCUAGCUAUAGGAAAAUAUAAUUUUUAAAUAGGUAAAUAUUAAUUUAAACAAUUUUAAUAAAUAUAUGUACAUAUUUACACAUAAACUAAUAACACUUAUAUUAGCA